UGCGGGCGGGACCGGGCCGGGCCGGACCGGAACCAGUCACGGUGCGGAUCUUUGGUGCGGACCCGACUGUGUGAGGAUGAAGCAGACGAUGGCGGUGCCGGCCUUCCUCACCAAGCUGUGGGCCCUGGUGGAGGACCCCGACACUAACGAGUUCAUCUGCUGGAACCAGAAUGGCCACGGGUUCCUGGUUCUGGACGAGCAGCGGUUCUGCAAGGAAAUCCUGCCCAAGUACUUUAAGCACAACAACAUGGCCAGUUUCGUCCGGCAGCUGAAUAUGUAUGGCUUUCGUAAAGUGCUGAAUGUUGAUGGUGGCAUAGUCAAACAGGAACGUGAUGGACCUGUAGAAUUUCAACAUCCAUUUUUCAAGCAAGGGCAAGAUGAUUUAUUGGAAAACAUAAAACGAAAGGUAUCUUCGAUGAAACCAGAUGAAGCUAAAAUUCAACAAGAGGGAUUGAAUGCAAUUGUAUCCAUUGUUCAAGAAAUACAAGGAAAGCAAGAGAACCUUGACUCGAGAUUAACUUCCUUGAAAUGGGAGAAUGAAACACUAUGGAGAGAGAUUGGGGACCUUAGACAGAAACACACACAGCAACAGCAAGUAAUCAGACAGAUUAUUAAAUUUAUCGUUAGUUUGGUGCAGAAUAACCAAAUUGUUACUUUGAAGCGGAAAAGGCCAAUAAUGAUUAAUACCUCGGGACCUUCUAAGCCAAAAUAUUUUCACCAUAUAAAAGAACCGGAUGAUACAACUCAUGUACCUGUGCAUGGACCAAAUGGUGUCAAACAAUGUGUUAGAACCUUAGAUGAUAUCGUAAUUUGUGACAUCACAGACAAGCCAACAGAAAAAGAUGAAGAAGAUGAAGCAACUGUAUUUGCUACUAACGAAGUUGUAGAACAGGUUAAUUAUUUUAAUGAAGUGAAUGCUAAAAAUCACGAUCCACUUCCAUCUUCUGAGAUAAUGGAUGUAUGCAGUACUGACCAUGUUGUGAACACUAUGAUACAUGACAAUGAAAUAACAAAUACUGAAUCAUCAAUAAGUUCUGAAGAUCCCAUAUCCAUGAUGGACUCCAUUUUGAAAGAGAGUGCAGUUAUAUCACAGAACAUAAAUCUUCUUGGCAAGGUAGAACUCAUGGAUUAUUUGGACAGCAUUGACUGUAGUUUAGAAGAUUUUCAGGCCACGUUAUCAGGAAAACAGUUCAACGUGGAUCCAGAUAUUUUAUCAGCUGUAUCAGAAACUAAAGAAAACCUUCAUGGAACAGAAUCCAAAGUGGAUGAAAGUAAUUCUUCUAAUACUGGUAAGCAGUUGAUGCAAUAUAAUGUGUAUCCUGUUCUGGCUUUUUUGGAUGGAACUACCUCAGCUAUAUUGGAAAAGGAACACAUUGCUCAAGGGCAUAAAUAUACAUUUGAUGACAAUCACCUGCAGAGAAAUGAGCUAGUAGAAGGAGAAACGGAGAAAAAAAAGACAAGUCAACUUUUUAAAUUAGAACCUCUCUCAGAAGAAGAAGCAACAGAGGAAACGUUGUUUUACUUGUGUGAACUGGCACCUUCAAGUACAUUAGAUGAUGAAAACUCUUUACUGGACAGUUAGCCAAUAAGUUAGGGGUUUGUAUUUGUACAUCUAGCUAGAAAAUAACUUAAAACAUUUAAUUUAUAUUGUAAGAUUGGUUUGUGUAGUUCAGGUCCUAUAUUGUCAUUCUUGUAAAUAUGUUGCACUCUUUUUUUGCUGAUAUUCAAAAUACUGUCUCAUGUAUUCUUAAUAACUCCCACCAUCAGAAAUGCAACUAUAUUUAUGUUUGUGAUUUUUUUUUUUAGUGCUGUUGCCGUGUCAUUAUUGAGCAUUGUUUUAUUUUUGUUACAUUUUUGUUACUGGAAGUAUGAAUUGGAAAAUCGGAGCGUGUAAAAUUUUCGCCUGAAACCAGCGGGAUUAUUAAAAGCACUACCCUACAUUCCAAAGUUUAAAAUGUACUGUAUAUUGGAACUGGAUAUACUGUUUAGCUCAGGUUUGGGCAUUGUUCUUGCAUGUAUAUUACAGCUGCUGUAACCAGAUUCCUGAUCGCCUUAGCACCUUGAAUAGAAAUACUUACAACCACAAA